GUUCUUCCCUGCAUCUCGUACCCAGCAAUUGAACCAAACAUGGCGGCGACGAAGACUCUCGCCAAGCGCACGCCAAAGGCAAGGACUACCGGUGCAGCAGCCGCUAAGGUUACAGCCGCUACCUCCUCGGCGAAAUCACCAGCCAAGGCGACAAAAAGGACUAAGUCCGUCGCCGUGCAGGAAGUCGAGGUUUCGGACGAGGAGUCUGACGAGGCCGAAGAUUUGGGGGAGGAAGAAGGCGACGAGCUGGAUACGGAUGGGAGAGACGGAGGCGAGGAGGAGGAGCAUAUUGCCUCUGAUUCGGACGGUGAGGAGGAGGAGGAGGAUGUUGUUGAGGGUGACGAUGUAGGCCCCGACGACGACGAUACAUUACCACGGGCCCGCAAAGUUGAAUUGCUCGAUGAGCCGGACCUAUCGCCUGCGGUCCGGGCAUUAGUGCAAAAGGAUGUGAAUGAGCUAGGGACGCUGAUCAAAGACUUUAAGGAUAAGCUUGUGGAGCUGCGUAUGCGAUUGGCGACUACUGUCGAAAGUGCACAUGCAGGAGACAUCCGAACGCAUAACGGCGUCAGCUUACUGGAAAUCAAAGUUCACUCUAUGCUCAGCUACCUCACCAACCUCGCCUUCUACCUCCUUCUCAAGCUGCACGGCCGGCCCGUCUCCGGCCACCCCGUCAUCGACGAACUAGUCGAGCUCCGCAUCGUCAUGGAAAAGAUCAAGCCUCUCGAACAAAAACUCAAAUACCAGAUCGACAAACUCGUCAAGGCCGCAUCAAUGCAGGACGACAACAAGGAAGCCAAAGAUGCCGACGGCAAAAGCCUCGCCGCCGCCGUCACCGACCCCCUUAACUUCAAGCCCAACCCGAGCGCCAUGCUCUCCGCCGGCGUAGAGCACGACACAGCCGAUAGGGACGCCGACACCACAGGUGGAGUCUACCGCCCCCCCAAACUCGCACCCAUGCCCUACGACGACUCCCAGCGCACCAAGACCGGCCGUCUUACCCAACAGGCGAAGGAGAAAGCAUCCCGAUCGCGUCUCCUCCGCGACCUGAGAUCGCAGUAUGAUGACCGGCCGGAGGAGCAAACCGCCCAGGGGACCGGGUACGGCGCCAGCGAAGUCGGCGCUAGCAAAGAGGAUGAGAAGUGGGCCGAACGUGAACGGUUUGAGGAGGAGAACUUUGUGCGUUUGAAUUUGACGAGGGAGGAUAAGAAGCUGCAGAAGGCGAUCGAGACGCAGGGGGCACGGUUACGGUUUAACGACGAGUUCCAGGCCCUAGAAGAAGACUUCGCCUCCCUCCGCUCCGUCCACCGCGCCGUCGAAGAAUCCGACACCCUAACCCACGGCACGGGCCACCUCGCCCGUAAAUCCCAACGCGCCGCCGACCUCUCCACGCGGGGCACCCAGCUCUCGGAAAAUGGAAAGAAACGCAAGUAUGGAGACGCGGCGGAGUUGUUGGCUGCUGCGAGCAAUGUGAAACGCACACGAGAGGCGGGGGGCGUGGGAGGGGAGUUUGGGGAGGAGGUCAGGAAGAGGAAACGGGCGUUGGGGAGGAUUGGGAAGAGGGGGAAGGGGGGAAAGAAGUAGGGAGGGGAGACAGAUCGACAUACCAACACAAAUUUUGUAAUUUAUUCGCAUUCAUACACAUUUCAUGUCAUUCACGGGCCAUUGCAUUCUCUUACAUCCACCGCGCGAGGGUGUCGCCCGUCCCCUGUUCUCAAUUGCGGACCAUUCGUAAAGGCAUGGAUGUCGCAUCAUCAUGAUGCAUGCCUAUUCGUUGGUUUGACACGCUGACGUUUUCGUCCGACAUGAGCGGAGUUAGAGCAGCCCGUCUUCUUUACACAUGUUUUCAAAAGUCAAGACAAAGAUGACUUCAUUUCCCAACCUGUGGUGGUACUUCCGUUACG